CUUUCUAUAUCCAUAUAAAAGAAAAUCAUACAUCUAAUCUAUUCUUCAAUAUAUCCAAAGAGAAAUAUGAAAACAUUUCUCUUAGCAUUUUCCAUCAUUUGUUUUGUCUUCAUUUGCAAAACUAUUGCAGCACCUCAACCAGUACUUGACAUCUCAGGUAAAAAAGUGACAACAGGUGUAAAAUACUACAUUUUACCUGUCAUAGUAGGUAAUGGUGGUGGUUUAACAGUUACAAGCAUUGCUGACAACAACAACAAUACAUGUCCCCUUUAUGUUGUUCAAGAGAAACAAGAAGUACAAAAUGGUCAACCAGUUACUUUCACACCUUAUAAUGCUACUAAAGGUGUGAUUCUAACUUCAACUGAUCUAAACAUCAAAUCCUCUUUCACAAAAAAAACUACAUGUGCUCAACCACCUGUUUGGAAGCUUCUUAAAGUUUUGUCAGGGGUGUGGUUCUUGAGUACUGGGGGUGUUGAAGGUAAUCCAGGUUUUCAAACUAUUGGCAAUUGGUAUAAGAUUGAGAAAGCUGGUAAAGAUUAUGUGCUUUCUUUCUGUCCUUCAGUUUGUAACUGUCAUACUUUGUGUAGGGAGCUUGGGUUAUAUACUGAUGAUAAAGGGAUUAAGCACUUAGCUCUUAGUGAUCAAGUUCCAUCAUUUAGGGUUGUGUUUCAAAGGGCUUAAUUUCUAAGUGAAACAAUACUAAAAAUGAAUAAAACUAGUCAAAGUUGAACUUGGUCUUUCUUUUGGGAAAGACGUCAAUAUCAUAAUUAUUGUGCAUUUAUGCACAUCAUAUGAUUUUGUUGAACUGUAUGUACACCAUUUUGGUGCACCUUUUGUGAAGGAAUGCAGUCACUAGUAAGAGUUUAGUAUUGUAAUCUCAAUUGAAGAAGCUUAAAUCUUCUCAGAUGCAAAAUGGCUAUUAGUAUCACUUCGAUAAAUAAUAAUUUCCCUAAAAAAUGUGUUCAUUGAUAAGUGAUCAUCUCC